AUGCUUUGCCAUUCCUUGCUCCAUGUUGGCAUAGCCAUAGGAGCUUUGGCUGGCCAUGCCCAUGCUGCACCUGCUCACACGACAGAUGACCUGUCCGACACUCCACUUCCUAUCGUUGUUUGGCACGGCCUUGGUGACCAGUUCAACAGCGAAGGCCUGAAGGACAUUCAAGCUAUGGCCGAAGCCAUCAACCCCGGCACCUUCGUCCACAUCAUUGCCAUAGAUAAAGACCCUAACCAGGACCGUUCCGCCACCUUCACUGGCAACGUCACCGACCAGAUCAGUAAGGUUUGCGAGGAACUUGCCAAGCAUCCAAUCCUCUCUACAGCACCCGCGAUUGAUGCCAUCGGUAUCUCACAAGGUGGCCAGUUCCUGCGUGGCUAUGUUGAGCGAUGCAACUGGCCUCAGGUACGCAGUCUUGUCACAUUUGGUAGCCAACACAAUGGCAUUGUUAAGUUCAGAGUCUGUGGACAAACCGACUGGAUCUGCAAGGGUGCCAUGGCACUUCUUAGAUUUAAUGUCUGGAGCAACUUUGUGCAGUCCCGUCUCGUUCCUGCCCAGUACUACCGCGACCCUCAGACCGAAAACGACUACAACAACUAUCUCGAGAGUUCCAACUUUCUUGCUGACAUCAACAACGAGCGCGAGCUCAAGAACGAAAAGUACAAGGCGAAUCUUAGCAAGCUGACCAACUUCGUCAUGUGGAUGUUUGAGGAUGAUAGACUGGUUGUCCCGAAGGAGUCCUCGUGGUUUGAGGAAGUCAACGGCACAGAAACUAUCCCUCUUCGAGCACGAAAGCUCUACCAAGAGGACUGGAUUGGUCUUCGAGAGUUGGACCGCAACGGAGGCCUCAGGUUCCGCAGUGCCCCAGGCGAUCAUCUUGAAAAUAUGGGAGAGCUUAUCAACAAGACCAUUGUUGAAUACUUCGGCCCUUGGAAGCGAACUUUCGAGUCCGAUAUGGAGAAUCCUGCUGGACACGGCUAUUUUGAGGCGGAGGAGCUGUAG